AUGGCAGCAGCACAAGUCGUAACACCUGCACGGCGGAAACAGGUCCUGAGAGUGUUGUUCAUCUCCCUAUUACUUGACUUAAUCAGCUUCACCUUCAUCCUCCCUCUCUUCCCGAAGCUGCUGGAGUUCUACCGUAACCUCGAGACCCAGUCAUCUGGGACCGUGCUAUCGAGGAUCUUGUACGGCCUCAAUGCCUACAAGAACAGCUUCGCCAAGCCCAUCAAUGAUCGAUAUGACAUAGUCUUACUGGGAGGGGCCAUGGGUUCGCUUUUCUCGUUCUGCCAAGCUAUUGCAUCGCCUAUCAUCGGCACACUAUCUGACCGUUAUGGACGGAGAAGAGCAUUGUUGUGUUCCAUGGUUGGGAAUAUUGCUUCAGUAGCUUUGUGGUGCGCAGCAACCGACUUCAGGACAUUCUUGGCGAGUCGUGUCGUAGGAGGGUUGAGUGAAGGCAAUGUGCAGCUGGCUCUUGCCAUCGCAACGGAUAUCAGCAGCGAGCAGGAUCGUGGGAAGACAAUGGCGAUGGUCGGUGCAUGCUUCAGUAUAGCUUUCACCUUCGGGCCAGCGCUUGGUGCAGCACUUUCGCAGAUCAACACAGUCGCAGCCAAUCCUUUCGCAACAGCAGCGGGAGUGUCUCUGGCUUUGAUCGUGACGGAGACGAUAUACCUCUACUAUGCGCUGCCAGAGACACACCAAGCCAUGCAGCCAACUACAAACGGCAAUACGACUACCGAGCACGUCCCGGCCGAGAAACGCCAACGCACGAACUCUCACACUCUACUGAACCUCACGCACUUUACCUUCAUCCUCUUCUUCAGCGGCAUGGAGUUCUCCUUCCCAUUCAUGACUUACGACCUCUUCUCCUACGGCUCGAAUGAAUCAGGCAAACUGCUCGGCUACAUCGGUCUAGUAGCAAGUCUCCUGCAGGGUGGCGUGACCCGACGCAUGCACCCGCUACGCAAUGUCCAGAUGGGUGUAAUCAGCUGUGCAGCUGCGUUCUUCAUACUCUCCCAGCUGACAACGCAGUACGGCCUGUAUGCUGCGGCAACCCUACUAGCAGUCACGAACAGCACAGUCGUGACCGGUCUGAACAGCCUCUCCAGCUUCGAAGCCGGAGCCGAGGAGCGAGGAGAGAAACUCGGUCAUCAUCGCAGCUUCGGACAAGUAGGCCGGGCUUUGGGGCCUCUGAUCUUCUGCACGCUGUAUUGGUGGGCAGGCAGGGAUGUCGCUUACAUUAUUGGCGGAACUGGAAUGGUGGGUGUUGUAGCCCUUGUAUACGGAGGGCUGAAGGUGCCGGCGGGCUCGCAGAUUGAGAAGGCUGCGAAAGCGACGGAAAUGCAUGGUGAGAAGAAAGUAGCAUGA